UGAGAUUUCAAGGUAAUCUGUACCCAACUCUCUGCACAGUACUGCUGCUUGCUAUUACUACACUCGGCACCCACUUGGUGCUUGCUUUGCCUUUCUCGUCUGCUUGUUUGCUCGCCCUGCCUUGCACUGCCCUACGCGGAUGUUCGCCUGCAGACCGUCUCCUACAUAGGACAAGCCCAUCCGUCCACCCGUCCUCCACCCCCGACAUCCAGCCUUGUCGUCUUGACUGAGCCUGGUACCACUCCGUCCCGGAGCAGCAUGUUACUGUAGGCCGCGACUUGCAUACCGCCGGUAUCCAAGUGCGAGCUCCGCGCCGCCAGCCACGACACCCUCCUCCACCAUGGCUCCUGCUAGGCCCAGGGCCCCUACCAUCACCAUCGAUACCACCGCCGUCAGCCCAACAUCCGACGCCGACGACGUCGAUAAUAAUAAUGAUGCCGCCGCCAACGCCCAGCAUGGCCGUGGCCACUCCCCAAUCUCACCCUCAGAAACCUACAGCCCCUCCACCGUCGUCGAUCAGACCGUCCAGACAUGGUCAUCCCAGAGAAUCACCAUUGAGACUUCCGAUGGCGUUACCCGCACCCAAGUAGACACGGAGCCGUCCUUCGAGAGCAGAGAGAGCCGCCCCACCAGCCCUCACAACGUUUCCAGCCCUAUCUCUCGUGCAAAGGACCCCUCUCAGACUUUCCUGGCCGUCCCCAACCAUGGCGGCCCCCGUUCCAGGCAAAACAGCGUCGACUCUGCCGACGAGUCCCACCCGAGAUCUUCCACUCAGGUCGACACCAACACCACUCUCUACCAGAGCGAGCAGGGAGAAGCCAAGGGCAAGGUUUCCAUGGAGCUUGACCACGCCCAGGUCAUGAACGACCCUAAUGCCCUCAAGCCUGACCAAGGCAAGGAAGCAGACUUCGAGGUGGACAACAACCCGUUCGCCUUCAGCCCCGGCCAGCUGGGCAAGAUGUUCAACCCGAAGAGCCUUUCGGCUUUCUACCGCCUGGGGGGACUGGGAGGGAUCGAAAAGGGCCUACGUUCCAACCGAUCAGCCGGAUUGGGUGUCGACGAGAAGCACCUGGACGGCGCCGUCACCUUUGAGGAUGCGACCGGCACUGACAAGCUCAAGACAGAGGGCGCAGAGCCCACUCAGCCCGCGGCCAGCACCGCUCACCCCGAUGCUCACGACCGAGACCAAAACUUUGGCGACCGGAAACGUGUUUUCAAGGACAACAGGCUCCCUGAGAAGAAGGGCAAGAGUCUGUUGCAGCUGAUAUGGAUCACCUACAACGACAAGGUGCUCAUUUUACUGUCUAUUGCUGCUGUCGUAUCUCUGGCAAUCGGCCUGUACCAGACCUUCGGCACCCACCACGACGAGGACAGCCCAGCAGUUGAGUGGGUCGAGGGUGUAGCCAUCAUCGUUGCCAUCGUGAUUGUCGUCAUGGUCGGCUCUCUGAACGACUUCCAGAAGGAGAGGCAAUUCGCAAAGUUAAACAAGAAAAAGCAGGAUCGGAUAGUCAAAGUGGUCAGAUCCGGAAAGACGAUUGAGCUGAGCAUCUUCGACAUUCUCGUCGGAGACGUGCUCCAUCUCGAGCCUGGCGAUAUGAUCCCGGUCGAUGGUAUUCUGGUUGAGGGCUUUAACGUGAAAUGUGACGAGUCCCAAGCGACAGGAGAGUCGGACGUCAUUCGAAAACGCCCCGCCGACGAGGUGUAUGCUGCCAUCGAAAAUGGCGAGAACCUCGCAAAAAUGGACCCCUUCAUCCAGUCUGGCGCCCGCGUCAUGGAAGGUGUUGGCACUUUCAUGGCUACUUCUGUCGGUAUUCACUCGAGCUAUGGCAAGACUCUCAUGGCCCUUAACGACGACCCAGAGAUGACUCCGCUCCAGUCCAAGCUUAACGUCAUUGCUGAGUAUAUUGCGAAGCUCGGAGGUGCUGCUGGUCUUCUGCUGUUCAUUGUACUUUUCAUCGAGUUCCUGGUCAAAUUGAAGGGCAGCACUGCGACACCCACCGAAAAGGGUCAAAACUUCCUCGAGAUUUUUAUCGUCGUUGUUACUAUCAUCGUCGUCGCUGUGCCUGAAGGUCUCCCUCUGGCAGUCACCCUCGCUCUCGCCUUUGCGACGACUCGCAUGCUGAAGGACAACAAUUUGGUACGACACUUGAAGGCUUGCGAAGUCAUGGGCAAUGCCAGCACGAUUUGCUCAGACAAAACCGGCACCCUCACGCAGAAUAAGAUGCAGGUCGUUGCGGGGACGAUCAGCACGUCUCACAGGUUUGGCGGCGCGCCAGCUAGGGAGGGCCACGAGCCAGUACCUUCUGGGACAUUGGACGUCAGCGCCCCGGAGCUUGUCAAAACACUGAGCGCAGAUGUGAAGGAACUGCUUAAGAACUCGAUAGCUCUCAACUCGACAGCCUUUGAGGGUGAGGUAGAUGGACAGAUGACUUACAUUGGAUCCAAGACCGAAAUGGCGAUGCUUACCUUCGCAAAGGAGCACCUAGCCAUGGGACCAGUCGCGGAGGAGAGGGCAAACGCCAAGGUCCUUCAACUCAUCCCUUUCGAUUCCGGCCGCAAGUGUAUGGGUAUCGUUGUCCAGCUUCCCGAUGGAAAGGCGAGGCUUUACGUCAAGGGUGCCUCCGAAAUUGUCCUUGCACAAUGUACCUCGAUGCUUCGCGACCCGUCGUCCGACUGCCGCACUACUCCCCUCGGCCAGGAACACAAGGACACUAUCACCAGCCUGAUCGAGCACUACGCAACGCAGUCUCUGAGAACCAUCGGAAUUGUGUACAAGGACCUGGACAAGUGGCCACCACCAAGGGCUCGACGUGUUGACGGCGAGAAGGAUGAGAUUUCAUUCGAAUCGUUCUUCAACAACAUGGUCUUCCUCGGCAUGGUCGGCAUCAAAGAUCCCUUGCGCGAGGGUGUUCGGGAAGCUGUGAGAGACUGCCAGAUCGCUGGCGUCGUUGUCCGCAUGGUGACUGGUGACAACAAACUGACAGCUCGCGCUAUCGCUGAGGACUGUGGUAUCUUGCAACCAGAUUCUAUCGUCAUGGAAGGCCCAGAGUUCCGCAACAUGCAUCUAUCCGAGCAGCAAGAGAUUCUGCCACGGCUCCACGUUCUCGCACGUUCGAGCCCUGAAGACAAGCGCAUCUUGGUCGGUCUCUUGAAAAACAAGGGCGAGGUUGUCGCUGUCACAGGAGACGGCACCAACGAUGCACCAGCCCUAAGAUUGGCCGACGUGGGUUUCUCAAUGGGAAUUGCCGGUACCGAGGUUGCAAAAGAAGCAUCCGCGAUUAUCCUCAUGGACGACAACUUCAGCUCUAUUGUCAAGGCUCUGAAGUGGGGCCGUGCUGUCAAUGAUGCUGUCAAGCGUUUCCUGCAGUUUCAGCUGACCGUCAACAUCACCGCUGUCGUCUUGACAUUCGUCUCGGCCGUUGCUAGCAACGAUGAGAGCAGUGUUCUGACGGCUGUGCAGCUGCUAUGGGUUAACUUGAUCAUGGACACACUCGCGGCCUUGGCCCUGGCAACUGACCCCCCACAGGACAGUGUGCUGCACCGAAAGCCCGAGCGCAGGACUGCGUCCAUCAUUUCGACAACAAUGUGGAAGAUGAUCAUCGGCCAGGCGAUCUAUCAGCUCGUCAUCACGUUCCUCAUCUACUUUGGUGGCAACUCGGUCAUCCCCGGUGAUGAUGCCAAUGACGCCCAGAUCCAAACUCUGGUCUUCAACACAUUUGUUUGGAUGCAAAUCUUCAACCAAUGGAACAACCGUCGCUUGGAUAACAACUUCAACAUCUUUGAAGGCCUCUUCAAGAACUGGUUCUUUAUCGGCAUCAGUGCCAUCAUGUGUGGCGGGCAGAUUCUGAUCAUCUUUGUUGGCGGACACGCAUUCACCAUCGCUCCUGAAGGGCAGACGGCUAGCAUGUGGGGAACCGCCAUCGUCCUCGGCUUCAUCUCGAUACCCAUCGGUAUCGUCGUCCGACUCGUUCCCGACUCGCUGCUCGAGAAGCUCGUCCCUGAAGCCAUCAAGCGCCGGGCACAAACCAAGGUUCCAGAUGUCACUCUCUCCGACGACACGGAGCGGUUCCAGAACUUCCCGGCAGAGUUUGCCGAGAUCCGUGACGAGCUAUACUGGCUGAAGCGGUUCAAGGGCGGACGUGUUAACAAUCUGAAAUUCGCCAUGAAGCAUCCGAAGGAGGUCUUCUUGCCCAAGAGGAGCAUGUCGCGACAGAACUCGAAACAAAACUCUCGUUCCAAUUCCAUCAGGCAGCCGCAGACCCCGACUCGGGAGAAUAGUUUCGGCUCGAAGGGCGGCGACGGCGGUAGCAAUGUCGGUAGCAACGUCGGAAGCAACAACGGAAGCAACGUCGGCAGCGUCACGCCGGACUCGAGGCACAGGUCAAGGUCCAACCGGUCCAGGUCCAGGUCCAACUCGGUGCUGGGGGCGGCGACUCUGAUGACUGGUAUCGUGGCGGGCAGUGUCGGCGCGGCGGGUUGGUCGCCGAUCGAUCGGGCGGGGGGAGACUGGCAGCAGUUCCCCCAGACGAAACCGGCACCUUCGCCGCUGGGUGCUGGUGCAUCCUCUACGAAAGGAGACGAGAAAGAAGAUGGAAAUGGUAACGGCUCAUGAGCGACUGUAAAUAUGGGAUAGGAGUUAUCAUAGACAGCACGUACAUAAUUGUAUGACUAUACCGGGCGUAGAUGAAUCAUCUCGCUCGAAAUUAUUCAAAUCA